AUGACAACCAAUAAUGAAACUACGGUGAAUCCAGCGGACACUCCAAUUGAUUCAACAACAAGAGAGACAGUCACUGUUGAAGAAAAUUGGACGCUGAGAAAUAUUAUGGAACAAUUGUGGCAAGCCUGGGCCAAUGGACAAGAACCACCAACGUCUAUUCCUGGUUUUCCUGAGAUCACUAGUAUUCGAUCUUCAUCUUCUCAGGUCCCAAUAUCAGAACCUUUCUUCCAUCCAGGGUAUGGGCCAUUUGAUAAUUGUGGGGCCGGGCCAUCAACAACACGUCCUCAAGGCAUGCCAUUUAGGAAUACUCCCACUGUCACAACAGCUGCACCGGUCUAUACACUCCCACAACCGACUGUGACGCAAAGAGCAGCUCAAGACGGACAGUUCACCACUCAUCCAGAGCAGUACUAUACUCCUGGGAUAGCAUUUGGGGGCCCUAACUCUGUUCAAUUCGGUUCCCCUAUUGAUGUUGAGAGGCCCACUCCAGGAUCAGAGCAAGAAGAAAUGUUGAAAAAAAUGAAAAGCAUCGAGCAACACAUGAAGAGCAUGCAAGGGUUAGGAGGGCACAAAAGUGUCGCAUUCAAAGAUUUGUAUAUGUUCCCAAAUGUCCACCUGCCACCUGGGUUCAAAACCCCUAAGUUUGAUAAGUAUGAUGGACACGGUGAUCUCAUAGCCCACCUUAAGAGAUACUGUAAUCAACUUCGGGGUGCAGGGGGUAAAGAAGAAUAUCUCAUGGCUUAUUUUGGUGAAAGCCUGACUGGUGUUGCCUCAGAAUGGUUUAUAGAUCAAGAGAUUUCCCACUGGCACAUAUGGGAUGAUAUGGCUCAAGAUUUUGUUAGACAAUUUUAG